UAAUAACUUCUUUCAGUUACCGUGUAAGAAAAAUUAGUGAUAAUUACCUUAAUUCUUGAUGCAUUGGUUUCCUUUCGCCAUAGAUUAAUUAAUUCAAUUUAAUUUAAUUUCACUUGGCCCAAAUCAGUGUUAUUUUUUGGUUAGUAGGCUACAUUAACUUAUAUGUUCUUGACUGAGAAGACAUGUUUACAUAAUUUUAAUGAGAAUUGAAUCAGACAAUGUGUGGUUUACUUACACUGCAACAAAAAUCGAGACAAUGAGUGUAUUGAAUCUCAAUAUUGGUAUAUUAGGACAUGUUGAUAGUGGUAAAACUUCUCUUGCAAAGGUUUUAAGUUCUACCUCUAGCACAGCAUGCUUUGAUAAAAACCCACAGUCCCAAGAGAGAGGCAUUACUAUAGACCUUGGAUUCAGCUCAUUACUCAUUGACUUCCCCAAAACAUUGGACCUUCAUGGAACAACGAGUUAUGAUAAACUUCAAUACACCUUCGUAGAUUGCCCAGGUCAUGCGUCCCUUAUAAGGACGAUUAUUGGAGGGGCUCAGAUAAUUGAUUUGAUGAUUCUUGUGAUUGACGUAGUAAAAGGUGUACAAACUCAAACAGCAGAAUGUUUAGUUAUUGGAGAAAUACUAUGCCCGAAAAUGAUAGUUGUCUUGAAUAAAAUUGAUCAAAUUGAGGAGAAUAAGAGACAACAAGUAAUCGACAAGGUUACAAAGAAGAUGAAGUUGACUUUGGCAGACACUGUAUUCAAAGACUGUGCAAUAAUUCCAGUCUCAGCUAAUCCAGCAGACGGCUCAUCUAUUGGUAUUACUGCUCUGCAGGAAGCACUGGAGAAACAAGUUUAUUUGCCAGACAGACGUCCGGACGAUCCAGUGGUGUUCUCCGUAGAUCACUGCUUCAGUAUCCGCGGAUCAGGAACUGUCAUGACAGGAACUCUGUGGCAAGGAACAGUCCGGAUUAAUGAUGCCGUUGAAAUUCCUUCAUUAAAGUUAGUCAAGAAAGUCAAGUCAAUCCAGAUCUAUCGCCGCAAUGUGGAGCGAGGCACAGCUGGUGAUCGCUUGGCUGUCUGUGUGACACAAUUCGACCCGAAACUGCUGGAGCGAGGUAUCGUCUGCACCCCAGGCUACUUGACUACCGUGCAUUGUGUCGUCUCAACCAUACACAAAGUUAGGUACUUCAGAGGACCAAUAGCAUCCAAGGCUAAGUUUCACAUAAGCAUCGGUCAUGACACUGUCAUCGGUAAAGUUACUUUAUUCUGCAGAACUGAUCUGCAAAUUGAAACCUCGUUUGAUAAAGAGGAAGAGUAUUUGUAUCGGGAAUCGUUGCAAGACAUCAAGGAAAAAAGUGAUGAAGUAGUUGGCACGCAAUUUGCUCUAAUCGAAUUUGAAAAGCCCAUUUUGGUUGUGCCGAAUUCCCUGUAUAUUAGUUCAAAACUAGACAUGGAUGUGCAUACUAACAGUUGUCGGAUUGCAUUUUACGGGAAAAUCUUAGAAGUGUUUAGUGACAAAAACUACACCCAGACUGUUUUACCAGGAUUUAAAAUUUAUAAGAACAAGAGCAAAACAGGGUUAGUCGAUAGGAUCGUGAAUGAUUAUGAAGUGGUUUGUAAGAAUAUGUUUAAGAAGGAGACGAGAAUAGAUUUGUUUAGUGGAUUAAAAGUUAGUCUCUCGUCAGGAGAAUCGGGGGUGAUUGAAGGUGGUUUUGGUCAAAGUGGGAAAGUUAGAGUGAGAAUUCCAGAGGGAAUCAAAUCAGAAACGGUGAGUAAAAUGGGAACAAAAAAAGGCAAACGAGGUAAACAAGAUACUGAAGAAGCUGUUAGUAAAGAAGAUUUUACAGUUGAAUUGAGGUUCAAGAGUUAUCUUUUCAGGACAGAUAAGAAAAUUGUUCAAAACACAACAGAGUAGUUUUGUGUACUACAGGGUGCGGCAAAAAAAACAAUCUAUUUUCUGCAGCGCACUGUUCAGCGACAGGUCAACUGAGAGUGGUAGAGGUAGGCUCGUUGGAAAGCCUACACAAUAACAUUUAUAAGCAGUCAUAGAGCAGUGGUCGGCUGAGCUACGUGCGUUUGUUAUUGAGUCAGAGUCGUAUUUAAAAAGUAGUGAAUUCAUUCAUUGCAACUCAGCGGCAGUUCCGUGUGUACUUUCAACUAGAGCGACAUGGAGAAGUUCCGUUGCUUAGCACAAUCAUGCGGUAGGUUACUAACACCAGAACAAUGGUUUCUACAUUCAAAAGGAAGAUGACAGGCCAUCCAAAGUCAGAUCAGACACCAGACAACUAACAUUUGAUAGAGUUAGUGCUGCCGUGGAAAACGGUUCUCGUAGGCCCGCCCGAAAACAAGCGGCUUGUUUGAACAUUUCUGACCACAAAAUUUAACAAAUUUUGAUGUUAAAUUGAAUCCCUAAGGAUUAAUUAGAAUAAUGAUAUGUUUAAUUUUGUUAAUUAUCCAUACAGAUAAUCACGACGGAACCUCUCCAUGUCGACAUGGAGGUCGACCUAAUUGAAUGAAUGCACAGAACUUCCGCUGAGUUGUAAUGACCGAAUCAUUACUUUUUAAAAACGACUCGAUAACAACUGCACAUAGCUCAGGCAACCACUGCAGAGACUACAAAAAUAGAUUUGUUUAGGCUUUCUAACGAGCCUACUGCCACCACCCUCAGACGACCUGUCGCUGAACAGUGCGCUGCAGAAAAUAGAUUGGUUUUUUGCCGCAUUCAAGGUACAGGGCUGUAUAAAAUGUUAUUUAAUCUUAUAAGACUUGGUCGUAGCUAAGCAUUUGUUUACUGUUGCCACAAUUGUUUGUGAAUAAUAAACAUAUUUUUUACAUU